GCCAUUAUUUAUUCCGGUUUCUCAAGUCCUCUGCCUUUGCUUAUCCCUCCCCACCUCAAUCCAACGUUAACAAAAUCCUCAGAUUUUCUCUCUUUUAUAACAUCCAAAACAUCUCCUUCCCUUUCAUUCUCUCUCAAAAAUCUUCACUUUUCUUUCUUUUAUCUUCUUUCUCUGCUAAAAAUUUAACCUUUUAACUAUCACUUUCCACACACCUUAAACCAACAAAAAUGCCUGCUGAUUCCGGCGACAGGCGUCCGGUUCGAGUCCCAGGAACCAUGGGGGUGCACCCACCACCCAAAUUGACUGAGCCACUUCCAUGUCCGAGGUGUGACUCAACCAGCACCAAGUUCUGCUACUACAACAACUACAACCUCUCUCAGCCUCGCUACUUCUGCAAGUCAUGCCGCCGUUACUGGACUCAAGGUGGUACUCUCCGUAACGUUCCCGUUGGUGGUGGGACUCGCAAGGCUUCCAAGCGCUCUCGAUCUUCUUCUGGGUCUUCUAAUUCUGCUGCAACUUCAUCUUCCUCUAGCGCGACGCAUGAAGCUGAGUCUUCUGUGCCUAUGGCUGUUAACCCUGUCUCGGUUAUGCAUGGACCUGGAGAUAAACCUGAGUUGGGUUUGGCUGACGUGAAUUUGAAUGAAACUGUUGAUCUUCCCGUGAAUGGAGGCUUCACUUCAUUCUUGAACUCUCAGGGAGAAGGGUACUCGACCCUUGGUGGAUACGGCUUUGGGGCUGGUUCAGGGUUUGGUGGGGUUUGGGGAUAUCCUGGAAAUGGUUAUCUUAAUGGUUUUAGUGGCGGGGGUGGUGGGGCACCUGCUGGUGUCAUAGGUGGAACUACUGGGUGUAAUACAUGGCAAGCAACAAGCGAUGUUGAAGGUGGCGGAGGGUUAGUUGAUGGGGAUUGCUUUGGUUGGCCAGGUCUUGCAAUUUCUGCACCAGGGAAAGGUUUGAAGUGAUAAGAAUUUUGCCAUUUUGAGAAAAAGGUUUCGUCUUUAAUCUUUACUGUUUUUUUUUUUUUUUGGCCUUUUGGGUAGCGUUUGAGAGUUUGCUGGCCGUUAGUGGUGUUGUUGGUGUUAUUUAUAAGUUCUAGUUGUCUUUGCUUUUUGGUCAGUUUUUUUUUCUCCUCUUUUGGUGGGUAUAGAGAGAAAAGAUUAUAGUAGAAUAGAAGAUGAUUGUUGAUCAAAGUGUCACUUCUUGGGUAGUGGGUUUCCAUGUUCUCAGGGUUUUGUUUUUUGAUGACUCUGUAAAUCUUCGGUGUCUUGAAAUACUUUGCACUGGGAAAGAAAUGAAUGAAUGAUAAACGACAGUUUUUUGCAGCUGAAGUUCUAAAUUAUAGAAAGUGAAUUGUCUUUGAUUUGAAUGCAUAAAAUCCGAAUACUAGCAUUUCUUUUUUUUGGUUUUCCUUUGGUUGGAAAGGGUGAUUUCCAUUGAAUAUUCUGCAGCAGAAAAGUCUGAGUGACUCGUAUAGUAUUUGAGUUUCGAUUUUGGAAGAAUGUCUGCAGUUUCAGUUACCAACUACUCAACCACUACUUAAGCACUCCAAGGAUAUUGGUUACGAAUAGCAUAGGAGAUUAUCUAGCUAGCAAAAAAUUUCAAAAAGCUCUUUGGCUACGUUAGAGCUUUGAUCCUCCAUUGCGUUACCAAUUAUACCACCCUCAAUAAAAGCAACCGAAUUUUGCGCCUGUAGAUUAAUCAAGAGGGUUUAAACUUUGAGCCUGUAGAUUACCUAUUUUACACAAAGAAAAGAGGCAGCAGCUGGACCUGGAGUGCCAUGGAAUUUAGAAUGAUACCCAGAGAAAAAAUAUUCACUGCUCUGGUCUAGUUUGAAAUUUUGAUUGUUGCCUGAGUGACACUCCACCAACCAAAGGACCGUUUCAGAAGCAUCUUGUUCAUAUUUGCUCUUAAUGGAAAAGCUAUUAUUGCUUCCAUGUCCCUACAUUGGUUAUUGCACGUUUUUAAGUUGAACAAUCGCCUUCUCCCCUUUGACAGCUUUCACUGGGCAAAAUUCGUCUCGACAAACUCUUCCUCUUUUGGAAGGA